AUGGGUAAUCAAUCCUCCAAGUCUGAUGAUCAAAAAGCAAAAACAGCUACUAGUGUUGGAAUUGGCGUUGGUCUCGUGAUAACCAGUGUCAUUUGUCCUCCUUUAGGAGCAGCAGCUACGUUUUCCACCCUUGGCACGGGAAUAGGAAUGAAAGUAGUUGGAAGUUUGGCAGAUGAGGAGGGUUUAGAAGAAGCAGGAGAUGUUUUUAUUUUAGGAGCAGAAAUAGGAGGAGUAGGAAACACAGCAACCCGAGCUGUCCAAGGAUCACAUGCUCCAUGCGGUGGUUGUAAAAGUCUUCCCAAAGCAUUCAAAUAA